GAAGAAGGUGAUGAAAGUGCUCAAGACAAUGUAGAAGCUGGAGACAAUGAUUCCGUUGGAAACACGUCUAAAGUCGAGCACAAUAAUGGGAAUGUAAAGUCCAAACAGUCCUCCACUGAAAUAACCGACACAAAGAGCUCAACUGAAAAAAUUGAAGAGGCUAGUGGAGAUGGUUCUGGAGAAGGUGCAGAAGAGAAUGAAGAAAAUGUUGAAGAAGGAACUCAGAAAGCAGAUGGUUCUAAGUCCAGUAAACUCGAGCACAAAACGACACCAGAUUUCGCAUUUUCAAUCGAUUCACAUGCAAAAGAAGACGUUUCCAAAGGUAAAACGACGGCAGCAAGUGACCAACAUGCCGAGCAUAAAGCCGUGACCAACAGUAAAAAUCAACAAAAGAAAAUGUUCAACCCAUGGAUGACACCAACAAUUCAGUGA